UGAAUAUAUUUUCCGCGCUCAUGCAAUAAUUGUGGCGCAUUUGAGUAGUGAAAAAGAGAAAAAUUAGGUAAUCAGUCAAUUUCGCAAGUCAAUAGGAAAAGACACGAGAAAUACCUUUAGAGACAUUCCUGAGAAACUAUAACAAUUUUCAUUUCGAAUGACUUUCAGAGUCAAGUCAAUUUUCAUCGGCUUUAGAGGAGAAAAAAAAUGGAGCAAAAGGUCUUUAGACAAAAUUCUUGUACAUAGAAUCCCUUCCCUGUCCUUUGAAAGGAGGCAAUCUCUCAAAUUUUAUUUGUAAGAGUAAAAUCUCCCCUUCAUUAGUGCAGCUAUUCAGUGACAAGAUAGAAUCUCAUGCUACUUUAAUGUACGUUAUUCUUUAACUGAUAAUCUUAGAGAUAAUUUGUUGGAGCGUACACGAAUUGUAUAGAUUUAAAGAGAGAGAGAGAGAGAAAGAGAAAGUGUGUGAACAGAUAAGCAACAAAUAUGCCAUCACAAAUAUUGAAAGGAAUGAUGAUUUUAAUAAUUGUAAAUAGAGUACCUUAUUAAUUGUAUUUUUUUUGUAACCUCACAAAUUGUAAUUUGUAUAUUUUUUUGAAUUAUUUUGACGCAUCUGCCAUCUAUUAUCACGUAAGGAGAUACACUUUAGUUAUACAAGAUAAGUUAAAUUGAUUGAAGUUGUGGAAUGGCGAUAAAGAGUACCAUAUUAGGUGUAAUUUGAAACCUGUAAUUUUUGAUUGUUUGUUUGGUGCUAGUUCUUAACUAACAGAAAUUGAGUACAAUGUCUUUUUAAGAAGUUUCCCCUAAUUUCUCUAUUAAUUAGCGAUGAAUUCCAAAAGCAAGUUUGAAGGAAAAAAAACGAAGAAUAAAGAAAGAAAAAAAAACAUACACAAUUUUGUACUUUUUAAUAUAUUUACAAUUAGUAGAAAAAUUUAUAAAUACAAAAUAUUACACAAACACACAGAAAAAGUAUCUCGCGAUGAGUGAAAUUGAAGGAUUUUGUGUUGGGAUUGAAGAAUGAGAUUUUUGAGGCACGAGAGAAAAGUGUAAAUGAAGCUCGUUGGAAGGCAAAAUAAACCAUUUAUUCGAGAGCAAUUCAAUUCAAUUACAAUUCGCUAAGUUAAAUAAAUAGUCUGUAGCCGUAAGUAGAGAGUAAACGGAGCAGUGAAGAGCAUAGUUUGAGUAAUAUUUUAGAGUGAAAAAAAGAAAAUGUAGUGAGACAUUUGUAGAAUUAUCGAUUUAUAUCAUUAGCAAUUGAGAAAAAAGAAAAAAAACAUGCUGAAAAGGUAUAUAAAUUAUGUAAAACGAUUUAAAAUGUAGUAUUAAAGUUGAAGAAAAUGAUUAAAAUGAGAAAAAAUAUUAAUGAGAAAAUUAUAUAUAUUUAUGAGAGUUUCUCUUCUCAACACAAUUUCCCCAAUUUGUGCGUGAAUCUCUGCAGGACCCGCUCGUGUUGUGUGCUACUUCAGCAACUGGGCGAUCUAUCGCGAGGGCAUCGGAAGCUAUGGGAUUGAUGAUGUGCCAGGUGAUCUCUGCACCCACGUGAUUUACUCUUUUAUCGGUGUCGAUGACUCCACAUGGAAAGUCUUGAUCAUCGAUCCAGAACUCGAUGUGGAUAAAGGUGGGUUUAGGAAGUUCACGACCCUGAAGAGUCGAUAUCCACAUCUGAAGACCCAAAUUGCCGUGGGCGGCUGGGCUGAGGGAGGAUCGAAGUACUCCCAAAUGGUGGCUUCGCCAGAUCGCCGACGAAGCUUCAUUCAGAGCGUGAUGGAAUUCAUGGACAAGUACGGCUUCGAUGGCUUCGAUCUGGACUGGGAGUAUCCCGGAGCUGCGGAUCGCGGCGGCAGCUUCAGCGACAAGAACACCUUCUACUUCUUCGUGCAGGAACUGAGGCGAGCCUUUGACCGUCGCGGCAAAGGCUGGGAGAUCACAAUGGCCGUUCCUGUGGCCAAAUUCCGCCUCGACGAGGGAUAUCACGUGCCCGAGCUCUGCCAGAUGCUGGACGCCAUCCACGCCAUGACCUACGAUCUGCGAGGCAACUGGGCAGGAUUCGCGGACGUGCACAGCGCCCUGCACAAGAGACCACACGAUCAGUGGGCUUACGAGAAGCUCAAUGUGGCGGACGGACUGAAUCUGUGGGAGGAGAAAGGAUGUCCGGCGCAGAAGUUGGUCGUUGGCAUUCCCUACUAUGGUCGGACUUACACGCUGAGUGCCGGAAAUAACAACUACGAUCUCGGCACGUACAUCAACAAGGAGGCCGGAGGAGGAGCGCCAGGACCCUACACCAAUGCGACAGGCUUCCUGGCCUACUACGAGAUCUGCACGGAGAUCGCGGACCCGGAGAACGGCUGGACCACGAAGUGGGACUCGCACGGGCAGGUUCCGUACACGUACAAGGGGACGCAAUGGGUGGGCUACGAGGAUCCGAAGUCCGUGCAGAUCAAGAUGGACUUCAUCAAGUCCAAGGGCUACGGAGGUGCCAUGGUGUGGGCCAUCGACAUGGAUGACUUCAAGGGACUGUGCGGCGAGGUGAAUGUCUUGGGGAAGAUCCUGUGGAACAACAUGAAGGACUACAUUGUCCCCGUUUCCACCAGAACCACCACCAUCACGCCUGAAUGGGCUCGUCCGCCGUCAACGCCGUCAGUCGAUGAACCAGGAGACGUUCCCACUACCCAAAGACCAACAACACCACGACCCCAGACAAGCACAACUCAGAAGAUCACAACGAGAAAGCCUGAACGGCCAAUCUCGUCGGAGAGCACUGAAAGUGGCCAGAAGGAGGAGGAUCAGCCGGAAAGUCAACCAGCAGCUCCUCAAGGAGACUCAAGUGAGGAGUCUAAUUCGGAAUCUGAUGAGAAUAAGGUUGAUUGCGAGGGAAAAGAUUACGUGGCGCACAGAAAUUGCAAGAAGUACUAUCGUUGCGACCAUGGAAAGCCUCUUGAGUUCAGCUGUCGCGAAGGAACAGUGUUCAAUACGGUUUCCAAUGUCUGCGAUUGGCCUGAUAAUGUUAAACAAUCUGACUGUACAUCCAAAGUGCGGUUGGAUCACGAAAAGCCACAAUCUGAGAAUUUAACAGAAUAGCUUUUAGCAACACUAAUUAACCCCGGAACAGAGAGUUCAAAUACUAAAAAAAAAUUGCAGCAGAAUUUAUAACACAAUUUAACGAUUUAUUCUAAUCAAUUUAUGGAAAAUUGAUACAAGUCUGAUAUGAAAAUAAAUAUG